ACAGAAAAAAAGGAAAAUAAAGGAUUGGGUUUUGGAAAUAUCAGAUGUGGGCAACGAAACUCGACCGGAACCAAUCGUUCCUUCUGUGAAGCUCUUGGAUUCUAGAGAUGGGCAGCACAAGCACCACCAGCUCUGCUCUAGUCCACCAUUUCCGCCUCACCACUCGCAACUUGGAUUCGCCUACAAAGCGUCCUCACGCUGUAAAUUUCUGCAGUUCGUGGAGGGAAGCUGGACUCCGAUACGCUGUGACGCAACGCCGGAGCAAAGGCUUAGGCCGCUUGUCAGCUCUGGAUGAUAGUUCUGACGAUUCACCAACGGAGUCCACCCCCGGCGCUGGCUCUGCUGUAGAAGACAGACCACCAGCUGUGUCCUUUGAGCAAGAAGAUAGAGCAAGUCCGGUCUAUGAGUUUCUCUAUCCCCGUAAAGAGGAGCUCCCUGAUGACAAAGAAAUGACUAUAUUCGAUCAUCUCGAGGAGCUCCGGGAGAGGAUAUUUGUCUCGGUUUUGGCUGUGGGAGCUGCAAUCUUGGGAUGCUUCGCCUUCUCCAAAGAUCUUAUUGUCUUUCUUGAAGCUCCCGUCAAAACUCAGGGUGUGCGGUUUCUGCAGCUUGCUCCAGGCGAAUUUUUCUUCACAACUUUAAAGGUCUCGGGUUAUUGCGGGCUUCUACUAGGGAGCCCAGUGAUCCUGUAUGAGAUUAUAGCUUUCGUCCUUCCCGGCCUGACCAAGGCUGAGAGAAGGUUUCUGGGGCCAAUUGUCUUUGGUUCCUCCUUGCUCUUCUAUGCUGGACUUGCCUUCUCCUACUGGGUUUUAACCCCUGCAGCCUUGAAUUUCUUUGUCAAUUACGCUGAAGGUGUGGUUGAAUCUCUGUGGUCUAUCGACCAGUACUUCGAGUUUGUAUUAGUGCUUAUGUUCAGCACGGGCCUGUCUUUCCAGGUUCCAGUCAUUCAGUUACUCCUGGGACAAGUAGGGGUGGUGUCAGGAGAUCAAAUGCUUUCAAUUUGGAGAUAUGUGGUGGUAGGUGCGGUGGUUGCAGCAGCUGUAGUCACACCCUCGACAGACCCUGUCACUCAAAUGCUCCUAGCUACACCGCUUCUAGGGCUCUACUUGGGUGGUGCAUGGAUGGUCAAGCUCACAGGUCGGUGAGAAACUUGGUUGUUCACUCAUGUAUCUUGUAGAGUAUAUUAUUACACUUUCCAUGCAUUAGACCACAGUCUGGUGCCCAAAGUGUUUACCUUCUUUGGAUGUACAAAUUCAUAGACCUAAAAGAGCAACAAGGUUAAGGGGAUAUAUAAUUCAAAUUCUGGAUGAAUA